GCAAACUUGAGACUCAUUGACUGCAGGCUCAGCGAGCGUCGGGGCUUUUAUUUUUUUGUGCAGCUUGCAAGGAUCUCUGGUUUUUGCAAAACAGCUCUGAGAAAACAAUGGCCAGUUUCUCCUUAUGGGCAACUUUUGGAUUAUGUUUGCUGAAGCUUUGUCUGACAGAAACACAAUUCAACGUUAGUUGCAGAUAUGGAGGAGUUUUUCAUGUUGAGAAAAAUGGUCGUUACAGUCUCACACGAUCUGAAGCAGUUGAACUCUGCAGAGCUCUCAACAGUACCUUAUCAACACUAGAGCAGUUGAAGAAAGCUCAUGAACUUGGAUUUGAAACUUGCAGGUAUGGUUUUGUAGUGGGGUAUGUUGUUAUCCCACGAAUCAAUCCCUAUCCUCUUUGUGCAGCAAAUCAUACUGGCGUUUACAAACUUUCAGCAAACACAAGUGAUCGGUAUGAUGCAUACUGUUACAAUGAGACAGAAACAAGGGAGAAAACAUGUGAACCAAUUGAAGGACUAGAUACUUCUGUUCUUGAUACUCAGGGUGAAAUAGUCAUUGACAAUGCAGAUGGCUCGCGUUAUAAUGCAGAUGGUACGCGUCUUGGUGGAGAGUCCUCAACCUCAGGUGCAGAUGAUGAAAAUGUAGGUAGUGGAUCAACACAUGACACAACUCCCAUGGAUACCUCCAUCAAGAGAUCCAGCCCCUCAUAUUAUGGAAGUGCUACUUCAGUCUCACAUCUGCCAGAUCAUUCUUCUGGAGGGGGUGAAAAAGAAAGUCCUAAGAAGGAUUCUGAUAAUGAAGUUUCUUCUGUAUCACCUGACAUCUCUUUGAUGACAACAGCUGAUGAUUUCCCUGAAAAAGAUGGUGGACACUAUCCUGCGAGUACUACUCCAGAGCCUCAUCAUGACAACCUGGAGAAAGCCACCACCCAAGCUCAGUGGAGUCCGUUCUCAAACGAAUGGUGGUGGUGGUCACAUCCUGGAGAGAAGACACAAGAAUCCACCCAAACAACCAAGGCAGAUGUGACCUCAAGUGGCAAUGGUUCAGAUGACGAAGACUCUUCAGAGACGAGUUACCCAACAGCAUUUCCAGACUGGGACAGGAGUGUGUCCAAGGACGAGUAUGCUCCAAGUACUACUCCAGAGCCUCAUCAUGACAACCUGGAGAAAGCCACCACCCAAGCUCAGUGGAGUCCGUUCUCAAACGAAUGGUGGUGGUGGUCACAUCCUGGAGAGAAGACACAAGAAUCCACCCAAACAACCAAGGCAGAUGUGACCUCAAGUGGCAAUGGUUCAGAUGACGAAGACUCUUCAGAGACGAGUUACCCAACAGCAUUUCCAGACUGGGACAGGAGUGUGUCCAAGGACGAGUAUGCUCCAAGUACUACUCCAGAGCCUCAUCAUGACAACCUGGAGAAAGCCACCACCCAAGCUCAGUGGAGUCCGUUCUCAAACGAAUGGUGGUGGUGGUCACAUCCUGGAGAGAAGACACAAGAAUCCACCCAAACAACCAAGGCAGAUGUGACCUCAAGUGGCAAUGGUUCAGAUGACGAAGACUCUUCAGAGACGAGUUACCCAACAGCAUUUCCAGACUGGGACAGGAGUGUGUCCAAGGACGAGUAUGCUCCAAGUACUACUCCAGAGCCUCAUCAUGACAACCUGGAGAAAGCCACCACCCAAGCUCAGUGGAGUCCGUUCUCAAACGAAUGGUGGUGGUGGUCACAUCCUGGAGAGAAGACACAAGAAUCCACCCAAACAACCAAGGCAGAUGUGACCUCAAGUGGCAAUGGUUCAGAUGACGAAGACUCUUCAGAGACGAGUUACCCAACAGCAUUUCCAGACUGGGACAGGAGUGUGUCCAAGGACGAGUAUGCUCCAAGUACUACUCCAGAGCCUCAUCAUGACAACCUGGAGAAAGCCACCACCCAAGCUCAGUGGAGUCCGUUCUCAAACGAAUGGUGGUGGUGGUCACAUCCUGGAGAGAAGACACAAGAAUCCACCCAAACAACCAAGGCUAUGGAUUCACAACGUGAAACACUUCUGGAAAUCUCCACACAAGAUCACUGGAACCCUGCUCAUACAGAUGAAGAGGAGCAAUAUCCUAGCUCUGCUGGCAGGGUUACAAGUGAAAAUGAAAAACAUCAAGGACCAACCCAACAUCCACUAUUGCACAGUGCUCACUCUGGAUGGAUCAGUCAAGAACAAAAUCCUGCAAAUACCACUGGGAGUAUUAAACAAUCUGAAAUUACUGUUACAGUUGAAAAUUAUAUUGAAAAGGAAUCUUCACAUACAGCUAUGCCCUCAAACCAUGGGGCCAAACAGAACAACUCAGUGGAAGACCCAGUGGUGUAUCCUGGUUGGGACAAAGGAGAGAAUCACACCACACAAGCUGCUGUAAUGGAUAGAAUUAUUCCUUCCAGAAAGAAUAGUAAUGAAAAAGACUCACCCGCUACAGCUGUUGCCUCUCCUGAUGGUGCCCCCCAUGAAGAUCGAACUCAUUCACCUCUGCCUUCAGAUAAUGAACCAGGACAGGGCACCGAAGGCAUCACACAUCCCACAGAUGCCCCUGGGGAUGAGGUCCUCCACAGGACCACAGCUAGUACAAACAAAGCUGAUGAUGGCGCUCCUCUGACUGGUACCACAGUCACAGCCUCCAUGGGUGUUCUGAAACCGGAAGAUAUAACUCAAGAAGUCUGGGCACCUCACAUUAUGGUAACAGCUACUGCCUCUCCUGAUGGUGCCCACCACGAAGACCGAACUCAUUCACCUCUGCCUUCAGAUAAUGCAUCAGGACAGGGCACUGAAAGCAUCACGCAUCCCACAGACGCCCCUGGGGAUGAGGUCCUCCACAGGACCACAGCUAGUAUGAGCAAAGCUGGUGAUGAUGCUCCUCUGACUGGUACCAUCACACAGUCCAUGGAUGAUGUUAAACAAGAAAAAACAACCAAGGAGCCACUGGUACCUGGGUCUCCACCUGGAAGUGACAAUGAACAAGAAAACAUCACUCGUCCGCAUGUCAAUUGGAUACCUGGAGUUUUCCCAGACAUUGAAGAUCAUCUUAACGAAUUGCAGACCCCUCUUCCUACUAGAUCUACCCCCAGUAUAUACGGUAAUCAAGGACCACAUAAGGGACAUUAUGAAUCCACUACUUCCCCUGCAGAGACCACAACAACAAAAAUAACUCCACAGCCAAGGUCGGCCUCAGUACCAGAAUGGCUGAUCGUAGUUGCUUCCCUUGUGGCACUUGCAUUGAUUCUUGCGGUGUGUAUUGCUGUCAACAGUCGGAGAAGAUGUGGGCAGAAGAAAAAGCUGGUGAUUAACAAUGGCAAAGGGGCAGUCGAGGACAGGAAGACAAGUGGAUUAAAUGGAGAUGCCAGCAAAUCACAAGAAAUGGUGCACUUGGUUCAUAAAGAACAGUCAAAUGACCGAACAGGAGCAUGUGACGAAUUCCUGACGGUUAAUGAAACACAAAAUCACCAGGAGCUUGACAUGAAGAGUGGUGUGUAAUGGUACCAAGUUGUUGAGUAGAUCAGAGCUGGGGAAAUCACAACUGAUCACAUGGAACUUGGACAGGAAUUCAGAGAUGCACUCUGCUACUGAUGUGUUUUGAACAUAAUUAAGUUUUAUUCCUUUUUAAUCACUUUAAAAUUGUCUGAGUUAACAAAAUUUACAUUUGCUUCCUGAAAAAAGCCCGCAAGAUUUUUCAGUUCCCAGUUCCUGCACGGAGGAUCCUCACUGUGUCUUGGGCAUUAGGAGGGAUAAAAGUUUGUCAUUGUUCCCCAGAUGGAGGGUCUUCACUGUGCAGAGGUACAGAAGUGUCCAGUCACUCCAUCUUACAGGCAUUUAAAGGUGCUAAACUUGCCAUGGUACAAGAGUAAGUAAAGAACAAAUGUCAACAGCAAAAAUCAAGUUUAAGCCAAAAAGUCCUUCUAUACAGUGUCUAAACUAUAGAAAUCCUUCAGAAAUGCCUUCCAGCCAGGAAGAGCAGUGGGUACAUUCAGAGUAUAAACAAAAAGUGACAUUUUAUGAUGAUUUAUGGCUUAGUCUGCAAUGAGGGAAAUCCAGAAGGACAGUAUCUAUUUAUCUCUCUUUUAAAUGUCUAUGGCCAUAGAGCAAGUGCUUUCGGGAGGUGGAAUACACAGACGAAAACAUGAGAGAAUACAUAAUAAACUUUUGUAUUUUAUUAUCCUAACAAUCUGUACAGUUAUCCUUGUGUUUUUCAAGGAUUCAUUGAUCUUCUUCCUUCCUCCUUCAUUGGUCACAGUUUGUGCAUGUUUUCAAUGAGUCUGUUAGGAUAAUGAAUAAAGCAGAAUGACCCCAGCUCUAUCAUACGUGCACAAAUCAAGCUAUUGGAGAUCGUUAGGGAAGACGACAGUAUUUUAUUCCUGAAGAAUAGGUCUCCAUCUUCUUCUGCUGUUUUACUUAGGAGAUGCUGAGCCUUGUAAAACUUGUUUCCCCUGUAACUAUUACGUUACACCAGUUUGCUGGGAUUUUAAAAGUUGCCUUUUUAUGAGCUUGCUCAGUUUGUCUGAAUUCUUUUUCAUCCAUGGUUUUCCCUCUGCUUUGUAAAAAUACCAAAAGAAACAUAACUUGCUUAUUGAUACCAGAAGUUCAAAUUCAACAGAAAGCAUCAAAGAAAAUAAAAGGAAACUCUUCUAGACAUGUAAUAUAGUAAAGUAACUGCAACUGCAUUGUUAUAUGCUUUUGUUUGUCCGUAUGUGUCUGUUAUGUAAAGUAUUUGUAUUAAGCUAUGAUGCUGUGCAUUAUAUUUGUAUGAGUUGUCAGAAAGAAAAUUAUUUACUGCCAGUAAAUAAGAAUAAAAUAAGUACAAUUUUUAAGAAAAUGUAUUGGAACAGAGGGGGAAUUAUAACUUCUAAUAGCGCUGCCUCUAGAAAAUGCAAGUAAAAACUGUCUACGGUAAUCCCAACCAGUGGUCUGUGUCAGUAGUAGCAGGGCUGAUCAGAUGUUCCUGUUCCCUGACCACAGCACCUGUCUUUGAAAAUGUUCCGCUAAGACAUGUUAUUUUAUGUUCUCUGUCUAAAGCAAUUUAGAAGACAAGUAUUCAGCUGGCUAAAUACUAGUGUUAGCUAGCACUGAUCUUUACUAGGAUGUAAAGCACAAGACUGUUGAUCGUAUUCCUCACUCGCAUCCCUCCAGCAGUUUCCCAUGUGUUUCGUUGAGUUGCUCAGUGCCUUAGUAUCUGCAGGCAGAUCUCAGGGGCAGUUUAUGCCUGAGCAAACAUCCCAAGACGAGGUGUGAUUUUUAAGGUACACAUAGGAUGGUUUUGGACUUUAUGUAGGUCAACAUGUUUCACCUACAUACAGUCAUACAGCUCAUGGUCUAAGCUAAGGGGGUCAUUGUGAUUUUACAUCAGUACUUGUGGUCCACUGUCAGACAUCUCACUCCUUUCAUCUAUUUUCAUAUUGAAUUGUGUAGUGGGAAGUUUGUUGAGUCUGUGAAUUGAUUUUUUGUUUCUUUCCUGAAAUGUUAUUAAGCAAGCUUUUCUAUUUGUCAUUAUAAGUCACAAUGAUCUGUUGAAGGCUGUGUUUAAACUGGUGUUAGGUACUCAUUUCACUAAGUAUAGAGAUCCAGAAUAAGAAUUAUUCAUUUCUUUAAAUCCUAAUUGAAUAUAGGUCUCAAUCAAAAGGAGAUAUUUCAUUCUCUUGAAGGCAAUUUUUUUCUUUAUAAAAGAAAAAAAGAAAGAUGUGGCAUGUAUUUUGUGUCCCUGUUCAGAUGUUUAUUGGUGAAAUCCACAAACUCUAAUUUAUCCAACGUUCAGUGGCUAUAAAUACACGGACAACAUUGGUUGGCUUCUUUUUAUAUUUUUAAAUAGGAGAUGCUCAAGUUGUCUUUACAGAGGCAAUGCCAUUAUUCUAUAUAUGCUGAUUCCUUUUAGAUUAUCAUCUGAUUCAUGUGUAAAUCUUUCAUUAUAGUUUCAGAACUAGAUGUGUAAAAUAGUACAUAUUUUUAUUAAUCCUGGUUUUAUUAUUUGAGGGGUUGUUUGUUGUGUGUAUGUUUGUUUUUUUAUAGAGAGCACUUGAUAUAUUUGCAUAUUUAUUUAACAGAUUAAUCAGAAUGAAAGAAAAUAUCUUCUCUAAAUUGUAACUAGAAAUAGUAUUGCUAAAACCACAUUGAACUGUAAAAUAAGCUUUCAAAAAUAAACUUGAUUCCACAUUGAGGAUAAAAAGUAAGACUGGCAUUAUUAGUGGGAGAAAUCAGGCUGGACCCAGAACAGACACUGUGAUCAACUUGUCUUAUUCCUUUGCCUUGAACAGUUUUGAACAAAUAUAAUCCAGACUACCCUUCACAGAAAUACUGCCUAAAGCAGUAAGAAGAAUUAAAAGCAGGAUUGUAUGUUUUAUGAGAAUGUAAUAUUUUCUUCUAACAACCCAAGGUGUGUUUUUCACCUGCAUUUUCUUGAUGAUCUUACAAGGAAUGUUUAAUUAAAGCAAAGAAAGGACAUACA